AUGGAGCCUGAUCGGAAUCUGGAUGAGGAUGGAAGUCCUCCUAUGGCUACUUCAAGUGCAACUAGUGUAUUCCGCCAAGAUUUCUUCAGUAGGAAAGCGAGGGAAGUCAAAGAAAACUGCGGAAAACAUUUCCUUGAAGACCGAAAAUCAUUCAAAUCAUUCGGUGGAAGAAAACUCAAACUGAAUGAGUUCCCUUGGAUUGCAACUGUUAGCGCCAGAGGAUCACAGAACGCAUUGGUGUUGUGGAAAGGUCUCUACUUCACGGGAGCUGCAACCGGUGCAUUUUCUAUGAAGCGCUCUUGGUGCCGUCGGAACGUGCCUCACAACAGACCUAUAAAUCGUCGUCGAUUUCGCGCUUCUGUUAGUGAAUGGAUGGUUAAAUUUGGCAGUCUGUGCCCUAAAAUAUGUGUUUCUGUGGAUACAGCUAAGAUCUACGUGCAUGACAAAUUUGACGAAUGCUCUGCCAAAAAUGAUAUAGCAAUAUUCGAGCUUGCUCAGACGAUGACGAUGAGGAUCACAACUCAUAGGCAUUCAGUAAUUGACUCGCAUUUGUUGGAAUCAGAAAAAUUGGUGAAAACACAACAAUCACAGUUGAAUCUGCUCCCAGAAUUGGUCUUUGUAAGGAACCGAAGCUCCAAUGAUAUACAGUCACAGAAGCCAGUGGCUCUUUCCCUGUUCGAUGGUUUGCAGUCGGGCGACAGUGGUGGGCCACUUUUUCAAGUUGAUGAAGAGAACAGAUCAACAUUGAUGGGCAUUUUGUCGCACGGUAGCUCAUGUGAAUGGAAUUUCUAUGCUGCACUAAAACGACAAGGUGAAGACGUUUUCACCGACGUUCGCGAGUAUUUGGACUGGAUUCAUGAAAAGUCAGGAGUUGAUCCAGCAGAGCGAAGUCAGACGGAUGGUUCAGCAGAGCAAAGUCAAACAGAGCAGAAUAUGCAGAAUAAUCGAUUCGGCAUUGUGAGAGAUGUAGCCAGCAUAACGGAUUGUCUGAAAUGGGUCUAUAAAAUAACA